GAUGGGACACCACAGAUUAUCUCAUCUAUCUCAAUCCUUCUGUAUGGCAUAUGUAAAUAAUUACAUCAGCUUUUUCUCUUCUUUCUUCAUCUGGGAUUUCGCCCAUUAAAGGUUAAAAACGAAGCUAAUAUUUUAGUUUUCAUAUUAAAAUUAUUACCGAGUAAAGGGUUUGGAACUUUGAGAAGAUGCAAUUUGGUGUGGAGACAUGUGUUGCUUCUGUGCUGUGGCUUGAUAGUGAUGUGUCUCUGAACAUUCUAAUGCAUUUGAAUGAUCCAGCUGAUGUGGUAUGUGCUGGCGCUGUUUCACGCCUUUGGCGUCAAUUUGAUCUAGCAUGAACAGUGCCACUAAAUUCACAAUAUGGAUAUACCUCAGAAAGAGGAAGGAAAAUCUUAAGGGUACAGCCAACCCAAUCAUAGGAAGGAGAAAAUGUGCUUUGGUGUGGAGACACGUGUUGAUUUUGUCCUGUGGCUUGAUAGUGACGUGUCUCUGAACAUUCUAAUGUGUUUGAAUGAUCCAGCUGAUGUGGCCUGUGAUGGCGCUGUUUCACACCUUUGGCUCCGAUUUGGUUUUGGAACAUUGAUUUUAUCUAGGGGAUUACGUGUUG